UUCUUUCAGCGAGAUACCUUCAAGCUUGGUAGUGGUCUCACUGCGGUCUCUCCAAGCGUCUUCUCUCAGUGGAAUCUGCAGCUGCCCGAGGAGCAGAUCCCUGCAUCUGAGCUCGCUCCGCCGUGGGAAUUAUUACUAUUUUUAAUUUAUCGGAGAAGCCAGACCUCAACAUGCCUCGGUCAUUUCUUGUGAAGAAAUAUUUUUCCAUCAAGAAGCCAUACUACAGGGAGAGCCAGCUGGAGAGUCAAACUGCUUUUGUCCCAGAAAGCCUUCCCCGGGCUGAACUUCCAACACAGAACAACAGCUCAGCCUUGACAUGCUACCCCACCAACCCAUUCUUCAACAGCAUGGACACCCUGCCCGCGCCUCUCUCCCCUGUCACCCCGGUGUCUCUGCCCCCCUCACCCCUGGGUCCCCUGGACCUCAGCAGCUCCCCCUCCAGCAGUAGCGGCAGCGAGGAAGAGGAGGACGGGGGGCGCAGCUCGGAUCCCCCCAGCCCGGACAUCAUCCAGCACGUCUACCACUGUCUCCACUGCAGUAAGAGCUACAGCAGCCUCUCUGCCCUGUCCCACCAUCAGAUGUCCCACCACCAGCUCCCACACUGUGCCCCGCUGCAGGAGACACCCUCUCUUCCCGCUGAGGCUUCUGCGCGCCCAGCCUUCCACUGCAAACACUGCCCCAAGGAGUACACCAGCCUCGGAGCCCUGAAGAUGCACAUUCGCUCACACACUCUGCCCUGUGUGUGCCCCACCUGCGGGAAGGCCUUCUCUAGGCCGUGGCUGCUCAGAGGACACAUUCGCACACACACAGGUGAACGCCCCUUUGCUUGUCAACACUGUAAUCGAGCUUUUGCCGACCGCUCCAACCUUCGCGCCCACCUGCAGACUCACUCCGAGGUGAAGAAGUACCAGUGCGGCUCCUGCUCGCGGACCUUCAGCCGCAUGUCCCUGCUGCACAAACACAACGCCUCUGGAUGCUGCCCGGCCUCAUAAGGCUCACAUUCCCUGGACUGCUCUCAUGAGCCAGUUGAAGCUGCUUGCUGGUUCUGAAUCACCCCCCACCACCCUCCCUCCUACUGAUUAGAGCCAAUACACCCAGAGGACAUUUGGAAGCCAGCUCGUUUCAAAGCCAUGACAGAACAACUGGAGUUCUGUUGCUUUUAUAAAAAGACUCUAAGUGCCUUUAAUAUUUCAAGACUGUAGGUUUAUCAGAUUUUUUUGUGAGGUCAUACUGGCUAUUUGCAGCAUAUUUUUGCUGCGUUCUGUCAACUGUUUGUAUGUGUCUGUGUGUGAUUUGAGGGCAGCUGGACAUGCAGUUAAUUCCCAGGAAACUCCAUUGGUGCCGGCCGGUCCGGGACUCUGGCCAUGUUGCAGCUGCUUGGGUGUGUUUGUGUGUGUCUGUGGUGUAUGCAGGGAUGUCAUUCCUCACCAUACUAUACAUACAUGGCAUGUGUGUGGAAAUGAGCAAGUGUCUGUGUGUGUGUGUUGAGACAGCUGUCUGUGUAUGGUGUACUGUGGAGGCAGGGCGCUGAGAGACGAGCUGGCUGUGACCUCGACGACAGGUGACCCUCCGCUCGCCUCUCCUCCCGCCACAAACACUUUCCACACACAAUCAUUGUGUCGUCAGACAUGAAAGGACCACUUUAAAGGUUGACCAAAAAACACAAUUUGCCUUCACCAAUAUUGUCAUUUAUUUAGACAUGUUUUUUUUGACCUACAGUUUUUAUAAACUAUUUUGCUGAA